UUCGCGAUGUGGCACAGCACAGGGGUCUCUCUCCCGUCUUUUGCAUUCUAUAAGCUCUCCCAUAUACUAUGUCCUCCAGUACAGAGCGAAGAAGGAGCGAAAGCGCCAAUUCAAGGCGUACGCCCACUCCACCUCCCGUCGACGACACGCCCCUCGCCGCCUUUUUCGCUCAAUUCGCAGCAUUCUCUUUCAACGAAAGCCAAUCCUCAAACAAGAACUUCGACCGCCUCGUCAAAGUCUUGAAAUGUGACGUCGAAGAUGCUCAGAGGCGCAUAGUAGUACGAGAGGGAUUCAAAGACGCGCUCGUUCAGGAAUUCAACACGCAUUUCGGGACUGACGGAAACGACAUUUCGAACUGGCAGAAUUUGUGCCGCGUGCUGAGAAUUGAUCCUGUUCCGGAUUCAAUUGAGGCGUGUCGUCAGCGCGUUUGGGACACGCAUGUCAACCUUGUAGACCUGGUUGAUUCAGCAAGGACUGGAAAGCCUGUAAAGCUGUUUGCGUCCUUGGGAGAGUUGACAGCAUAUACUCUCCAGCAGAAGCCGAAGAAAUUCUUUCCGAAGGAGAAUGCGUAUCAAGGCGGGUUACUGAAGGAGUUGCUAAGAGAGAUCAUAAACCCGUACUUUGGGAAACGGAGGAACGGGAGUGCGAAGAGAAAGGAAAGAAAGAGGAAACAGAAGGCCGCAAGGGCGGCAGCGGCAGUCGACUUUUAGUGGUGAAGACUGACCGGAGCUGUCCCUUUGAAUUCGUUUCGCAACAUUCGCUCUCAUUACGUUCUCUGUACUAGUAGCAUGCGCACUAUGACCUGUCAACAGUUUGUAAUUUAUCUCGCAGAUGAAAUGAAAUGCACGUUCAAAUCCGCA